CAGGUCCGUUACUGACGUUCCACCCACCACACGUGACGUGAGCUUCCAUGUGACUGACCAGGAAGGGCAGGAUUUUUUUUGACGGCAAGGGAAACACAACGCCUAUGUGUUCUUCCACGGCCAAAUAAGCAACCAAAAUUUCAAGCCAAACGGACCUCCAAGAGACAACAUGUCGUACGGUCAAGGAGAGAGUUAUCGCUCAGCCCCUCGGGACUUCACAAGCCUUAUCCAAACAUGCAGUUCCAAUAUCCAGAAGAUCACUCAAAACACCGCUCAGAUCAAGAACAUGGUGAGCCAGUUGGGGACCAGACAGGACAACAGUGAACUUCAGGACCGACUGCAGCAGAUACAGCACUACACUAAUCAACUUGCAAAAGAAACCAACAAGCACUUGAAGGAGUUGGGCUCAGUUCCUUUGCCAAUAUCACCGUCGGAGCAACGGCAGCAGAAGAUUCAGAGGGAACGACUGAUGAAUGAUUUCUCUGCUGCUCUCAACAACUUCCAAGCAGUCCAGAGACGUGCGGCAGAGAAGGAGAAGGAGUCAGUAGCCCGAGCAAGAGCUGGAUCUCGCCUAUCAAGCGAUGACACUUCGCGGGAGGAAAAGCUUGUGUCAUUUGAUAAUCAGGGUGACUGGGGUCAAAUGACCACUCAGACAGAGGAGGCAGCGAUCACAGAGGAGGACCUGGAACUUAUUAAGGAGAGAGAAACUAAUAUUAGACAGCUGGAGUCGGACAUCAUGGAUGUCAACCAGAUUUUUAAAGACCUCGCUGUGAUGAUCCAUGACCAAGGAGAAAUGAUUGAUAGCAUCGAGGCAAAUGUGGAGAAUGCUGAAGUCCAUGUAGAGCGAGGGACAGAACAACUACAGAGAGCUGCCUACUACCAACAAAAGUCCCGGAAGAAGAUGUGCAUCCUGGCAUUAGUUUGCUCCAUUGCGUUGGCUAUUCUUGCCGUCAUCAUCUAUGAAUUGUCCAAGUGACUCCACUCCAGGUUAAUUACUUUGUUAUUACCACAUUUUACUUUGUUCUCCACGCACCUGAAAGUAUCACAAAACGAGCGGAUCAAUUUUGCUCACUUCAUCAGAAUCACAGGCAUAGAUUAGUGCAGAGCUGCAAACAUGCUAAUCUGGACUGUCCAUGGAUUUUUUUUGUUAAUUGGUGACACCUGUAUGAACUGCAAUUUAUGGGGAGCUGAGAUUGUGUUAAGAGAAUCAUUUGUUUUCCUUUUCUCCACUAACACUGUAUUUCAGUUUUCUAAUUAUUGCAAUUAGGAGAUCAAACCAGGCUAGUAAAAAAUGUGUGUAUUAUUAUUAUUAUUAUUAUUAUUUUGGUCAUCUCUCUGGUUGUGGCACAUUCUCAUGAAAAAGUGUGUUCGCUGCACUUUUGAAGGUUUGAUUGAGCAAAUGACUACUUUUAAAGCUGGCUGAGGCCUUAAAGAGUAAAUUAUGAUAGCACAUGGCCAGGUGGACUCCAGGUGGUGAUUGUAGUAUAAAUGUUGUACACGUCUUAACAGAUAGGCAGUAAAUCCAUAUUUGUAAAUAUGACACUGUUCUGCAUUAUAGCCUGCCAUAUGAAAUAUAUCUGGAAAAAGCAACUCCUGCCCUACGAAGCAUUUGAUUUGAAUAAU